AUGACUUCACCGCCCUGCGAGCGCAGCGCGGAGCUCGCAGGGCACAGUGGAUUUGCCAAGGAAGGUGCACGGGCACACGGCAGCUACAACCACAACUCCUCCCACGGGCCGGGGCUGGCAUCCCGCCGGGGCUGCCUUGGGAGACAGAGCUCCCAGCGAAAUCCAUUUAACACAUUCCUGCACAGCUUCUGCCGAUACCGUCCCCAUGCAUUUCUUCGGGAGCCCUCCGGGGCUUUAAAGCAUCCCCGACCAUUUUGCGCAGCCCGCUCGGAGCCGGCGCUCCGGGCUAAGUUUAGCGGGGCAGCGGCGCACGCCGCGGCUCACGGGCAGCGCCGAGCCCCCCGCGGGCUCCUGCCCAUCGCUUCUCCCGGCAGCGCCUCCUCCCCGCCCGGGGACAGGCAGGUGGAUGUCGGGAGGAGAGCAAGGAAGGCACGGGAGGCAGGAGCCGCCGCGGGCAGCAGGGUGCCGGCAGCAGGUAGGGAGGGCAGCGCCGGUGCCGCGCGGUGCCCGUGCCGUUCCCCCUCCCUCCGGCCCCCCGUUCUUACCACCUGCGGAGGCGGCCGGAGCCCGCCCGGGCCGGGGCAGCGACCUGUCCACUGCGGGCGCUCUCCUCCGGAGAAUCCCACAAUGACAGCAGCGACUACAAACAGCCGGGAAGAGCAGGCACAAGGAGAGAGGAACGAGCGAGAGAAAAGAGUUUUGCUGUGUGCCGCGGUGCCGUGCGAUGCACAACCACCCGGGUGUGAAGGCGUCACAUCCUCCUGUGGUAGUGCUAUGGGAUCGUACAGCCACAGAGUGUUUGAGGGAAGGGGAAGGAACUUAAAGUCAUCCAGAUCCAGCCCCUGUCACUGAGGGGGGGCAGAGCACCCUGUGGGUCAUGUGGAACACUGGGGGCCUUUGCCCUUUAAAUAAACUCCUUAAAUAAAUUUAAAAAUCUGAAACCACACUGUAAAAGUCUAUGCAGAUCCACAGAAGUAUAUGUUAUUUUUGCCUGACAUGUAUCUGUUAUGAUUAGUACCAAUCCGAACUGGCAAGGUACAUCCUUCAGGGGCUGCAUGGGUCCUGUCUGUUGUGCAUCCCUCUUCCAGACAUGAUAGAAUAUUUUGCAGUCCU